UUCAGACACACUGCAGCGCAGAGUCAAGCUCGAAUUCUGUGGAUAUAACUUCUACAUAUCGGGGGGUGCACUUUAGCUUGGGGCGGAUAGUAAACCAUUUGUCAUGAGCUUGCGUCUAGAGCCACUGCACCCAGACAGCACAGGCAGCAUAGAUGGCGAUGCGGCUAAUGAGAAAUUGAAGACAUUGGCAGUCACCAACAGGUGCUGCAAGUGUUGUGGUCUGCCAGCCAAGCUGGGCAUACAGGACAAAUGGUUUGUGCCGGAUCCCUGUGGUAUUGUCUGUGCUGUCUUCACCUACCUACUCAUAGGAUAUGGGUCGUUUGCUGUUAUGACGUGCCUCCUCUAUCCCAGGGGGCUAGAUUUCUAUACAUUAAGUAACGGCGUGGUCUUCUCCAUAUUUUCGUUCAACUCAGUGGUGUCCCACGUACGAGCCAUGAUGACCGACCCCGGAGCUGUACCUCUGGGUAACGCCACCCGAGAACACAUCAAUAACAUGGGUCUGACCGUAGGCCAGGUGGUGUACCGGUGCCCAAAAUGCAUCAGCAUCAAACCCGAGAGGGCUCACCACUGCAGCAUCUGUAGGAGAUGUAUCAAGAAAAUGGACCAUCACUGUCCAUGGGUAAAUAAUUGUGUGGGUGAAAGCAACCAAAAGUACUUUGUCUUAUUUACGCUGUACAUCAUGUUGAUGUCUCUCCAUGCUAUCAUAAUGGUUCUCUUCCACUGCUUUUGGUGCGUUCGGUCACAAUGGGGACCCGAGUGUCUGUACUUCUCUUCCCCGGCGACGGUCGUCCUCAUUAUGAUCUUGACUUUUGAAGCCUUACUGUUCUCGCUCUUCACGGCCAUCAUGUUUGGUACUCAGAUCCAUUCCAUUUGUACUGAUGAAACGGGCAUUGAGCAACUGAAGCGUGAAAAACCAACCUGGGUCAAGAAGACACGCUGUGCAUCCAUGAAGUCAGUCUUUGGCCAGAGGAUGUCCCUGGCUUGGCUGAGUCCGUUUGCCUCCCCGGACAUCAAAUGGGGUAAAGAGGAACCGUACAUGUACAGUGUAUGACUAGGCCAAGCAGUAUAGAGUCCAGUGGUAGUCCACAGAAGAUAAGUGUUUUUGCUAACACUAAGUUCCAAGGGCACUCUUGAAAGUAGCUUUCUUUAACCCUCAUAUUUCUGAAUCCUUCAACUUCUGUAUAAUUUCUGCCCACCUGUAAGAAUCUAUUACUUUGUAGGAAAUCAAUGGCACAAUCCUCUUACUUCAACGUUCAAUGGCCAUUAAGUUUACCUUAACCGUAAAAGAGCUAUGGGUCAAAAUUGUAUACUUUCUCCAAUGCAGUGCUCAGUGCAUGCAGGCUAGCACUCAUGUUGCCUUGAACUUCAAAUGACGGUAACAACAAAACCAUACUUCUGAUUGAGUUCAAAAUUCACAAUUGUAAUGAUAAGGAAUAUCUUUCAAUGCUGAGUUUUGGAAGAUGGGACAGCUGAGUUCUUGGUGGGCCAAAACUCACAGUUGGGCAAAAAUAAUCUGGCUCUGUGAAGGUUAAAUAAGAGUGGAUUUUUGGCAUUUUCCCCUCUCCUCAACCCCCCCUCCAUUCUUGGAUCUAGGAAGGUAAUACAGGGUGUCCCCAUGUUCAAAUGGAUCACGUCAGUUUUAACACCUCAGUGCCAUUUAUUUUUAAUUUUUGUCAUAGAAUGUCAGCCUUUUGCACAAAUUUUUCUCUUUUUGUCAGCAAAAAGUGGGAUUUGCCUUCGUUGAGGGAAUGAAAUUUGGAUUGGUUGUUAAAUAAAAUCAUUUUCACAUUUGAAUAAAAUCAAGGAUCCCUAAUUGCUGAAAUAUUUACCCCAGGUCAUUUAAUAAUAAUAUUGAAAAAAAAAAUUGAAAUGUGGGAUUUUUUUUAAAUCGUGUUUAUCAAUUUGCCUUUUCAAAGUGCAUGGAUCAUCACUGGUGCCAACCAAAUUGUUUAAGAUUCUCUGAAGUAAUUUUGUACAUUCAUGUUUCAGUACAGAUGUUAACGUGCCUGUAAUGACAGACACAUUGAUCUACAAGGGCGUUAGUUUUGAUAAGUGAUUUCUCUAUGUAGCACUCAUAGCUUUUGUGAAUAAAAUGUUAUUUAUUGUGUGAAGGACUUUUGAUGAAAGACCGUGGUCGCAGUGACAGUUUGGAUUAAUUCAUUUCAUUGUCCUUUGCUACUGUUCUCUAUUUUAUCACAUUUGGGUCGGAUUGGCUCCAUGCAUAUUCUAGAAAGGGAGUUUUUUAAUUUACCAACAUCCCUAGGGAAAACACACUUUCGUUCAUGUGUAAAUGUUUUACCUUACCAUAGAGGACAGAACACAAAGGAAAUGAAUUAUGUUUCCCUGUCCUCAGUGGUUAGUGAUUUGUCCUCAGUGGUAAGUGCCUGUUGUCAGUCUAUGGGAAAGUGUUGUAUUUUAGGAGCACUUGUAGAAACAAUAGUCCUCAGUUGUUCAGUAAAGCACGACUGCAUGUUCACCCAUGUCAAGCAUAGGGUAUUCCUGAGUGAUUUUUGCUAAUCACUAUUGUGUUCAUCCCAGACACACUGUGCCAAUAGUCACCCUUACCUCAGUGUUUGUCACCUGUGAGGGGGUAUUUGUGUAUAGAGGAGAUAGUCACAACCAGGGCCAAGUUAGAUCAGCGACCAUUUGUCAACUACUGCUUGAUAUUGCCUAAUAGCCUCUGCAUCAACUAUAUCCUGGGUACCAGGUAACAUCUAUUGGUGGUUGACAAAAUGGUCUCAGGUCGAACUUGGCCCAGGAUUGUUGCCACCAGUUCAAUAGACCACUUUUUUCACCAGGCAAGUCACUGUUUCCAAGCCACGUUUUCUCCAAGGAAAACCGAACUGACAAUAAAUGAGCUAACAGUAAAAUUAAAUUACCUUGAAACCAUAAUAAAACUAUCUCCAAACCAAUAGUCUUGAAAUGAGUCUCAUGAUGGGAAACAAAAAUUCUGAUGAUUUCUGUUUGUUAAGCAUUUAACACGGCAGUACGAUGAACAGGAAACAUAAAACCAAACAAUUUAUGAUAGAAAACAAUACACUGUUUAUGAUGAAGUAAAACCCAGUAGGCUUCCAGUGACAAGUUUUUGCCUAUGCCGACAAAGCAGAUUUCAAGAUUCUUGGCAACCAUUUCUCCUCUGUUUGCAAUUACUUGCCUGUGAUAUUCACAAGUAUUAUAAUGGCCUUUCAAUGUUUCCAUUUCAAGAAUGAAAUAAAUCUGUGCUGCUGUAAUGUGCAUAACAUAGCACUUGGUUGGGUGGGAAAAGACAUGUACAAGUUACAUCACAUGCUAUGAUGGAAAAAACCAUGAGAAAGGCUGGUGUUGGCUCUUAUCAUCCAAUAUAGCCAUGCAAUCAUAGAAAACAUGCGUACAUUGAACUUAUAGCAGUCCCAAAUCCUCCGAUUUCAAUAUGAUGUUACAUACACCGUAGGGGGUUACGGUUAAUCAAUUUUACAAAAUAUUGGGGGAGAGGACUGAUUGUAAUUGGCUAUCUUUAAUUUUACAUGAGUUUUUUUUACACAAUUUUUUCAUUUUUUUCAUUUGUACAGUAUCUGCUAUGCAUUAAUUUUAAACACAAAAGGUAUAUCAUCUAGAGUUAGUUAUAAUUAGUAUGUAUUUUAUUCAUUAUGUCAUGGUUUGUAUAUUGUGCUUAUGAAAUGUGUAUAAUUUGCAUCUGUUUCUAAAUCUGUAUGUAUCAAAUCCUGUUGCCGAUUUCCCAAGUGAUGAAAUCACAAAAACCUUGGUCGAAAAAUAUGUUGUACGCACUUGUAUUUAAAAAAGAGGAAAUUAAAUGUAUGGAGAUGCACGUACGUGUAUUAAGAAAAAAAUAUGUACUCAAUUCUGGGUUUCAGCAAAAGAUGCAUACAGGUGUCCCCAUGACUAACAAAAUGGUUGUGCUUCCCAUCAUGUUGAAAAUAAAUUGGGGUGGGCAGGUGGGUAAAA